UUUCGAAACUAUGAAUAAGAAGAAUAGCGAUCAGUUCUCUUCAAGGCAAGCCCAAGUACAUUCAGAGACUGCUUGUCUUUCAGUGAAUAAUUUUAAGCCAGUCCUUCAAAGCUCGUACUUGAGAAGAUCCAGUAAAGGAACUGAGACUGAACAAAAUACAAAAUCUUUUAGAGGAAGAAAUUUGUCUGGACUGUGAAUAGGAAAUCCAAAAGAGGCUUUUAAUAAAACAAUGAGGAAAAUGCGUCGUUCAGAAGAAAUUGAGGCAACCCCAACUAAAGACCUCCGCCAUCGCAAAACAAGCAAAUUCCUUAACAAAACCUCCCGCUCAGAACAGACCUUCUCCGAGUUCUACAACCUCUCUAAACAAAAACCUAAACCAACACAUCUCCUUCUAAGACCUCCCACUUUUCACAACACAAAAAUCAGCAUUAACAAAAUUAACCUUUCGAGGGACCUCAAAAAAUUGUCCAAGCUCACCCCACACAAGACUUUCUGUGCUAAGUAUACAGAGAAUAGAGGAGUAGAGAGGUGGAGGAUAGGGGAAGAGGAAUCGGUCGGGUCGGAGUCUUUGGAGAGGAUAGAACGAUCUCUUGCUCCUCUUAAGUACACUUCUCGCCUCUCCAAACUUCAGCCUACCUCCUCCCAAACCUCCUUACACUCCAAAAACGCAACCUCCCUACACUCCAAACCCAGAAAAUCCUUUCCUACCCCCAACUUCCAAAACCACACUACUACCAACAUCAGGGCUUCUUUCCAAGACCGAAUUGAAGAUACUAAAAAUCCAAUUGGAACUGAAAUCAAAGAUUCCGAUCAAGAAGAAGAGCUCCAAAUGUUUGAAGAAAGACUUGAAGCAAUCAAAGAAACUGGGAAAUUAUUUGAAGAACUCAGUGCUAAUAAGACUUCCCUCAGAGAUUUACUCUAUAACCUAGGUGACUCACUGUAUAGUUCAAGAAUCCUCCUCCCUUCAGGUAAUCAAGAGAGGGAGAAGGUAAAUCUUGAAAAAGAGAUUGCUGUAACAAUGAGAGAAACAUUGAAGAAAUUCUCUGUAAAAAUAUUAAAAUCCCUUCCUCAAAAAGAGCUUAAAGACCAAGAAAUCCAAGUCAAUAGAAACAUUGAGGAUCAAAUAAAAGCUAACAAAUAAGUUAGAAAGACAAGUUGAGAAGUACCAAUUCCAGGAAAGAAUUUUGGAAGACAAGCUACUCACACUCUGGAAAUCCAUUUAUUCCUACAAAUAAAAACGAAGUUGAGUUCAAAGAGAGAAUCUACAAAAUGAAUGAGCAGAUUGAGGAUUUCACUCAUAAAGUUGAUGAAAAAGAUAAGAGACUUAAAGAACUGGAAACACUCAAAUAACUCCCUUGCAGUCCAAAUCGAUCAAUUGGAGAAGGACAUCUUCAUGUCGCAAAUGAAACUUAAAGAGCUUCAACGGAUUGUCCAGAUAAAAGAUUUGAUCAUUCAGGAUCAAAAACAAGAAAUCGAAGACAAUUUUAGUAGCCAUGAUGACUUGAGUGACAUCUCAAAGCUAAACAGUGUGUCUUCUAGGAAAUUGAAGAAAUAAAUUUGAUCGAUCCAAAACUGUGAGAGGAAUCAAGAGCAAAAAGUCUAAAGAUAAAGAAGAUGAAUCUUAUUCCCGAUCUGAAAGUCUUCCAUCCCAAAAAGGAGUGAAAAGACAAAAAACUAAAAUUUUCAAUCAAUCGAAUUUUUUGAGGAAAAGUACAAUGCAUCCUUCUAAUUCUAUAAAAAUGAGGCAAUUUCAAAGAAGAACAACAAAGAAAUUAUCAUCUAAGAAUCAGAGUGGAGUCUUCAAAAAUUAUCAAAGAGGGAAGACUAAAGUUGGAUUUAGUCUUGAAGAAUCCUUCUCUGAGAGUCAAUCUAAUUUUAGCAAUAGCAAACGUAAAGAGAGUGUUGGGCAGACUAAAAUAAUUGUGGGGGACUUGAAUUCUCAAAAAGGAAUAAGCAAGACAACUAAAUAAACUGCCUGUCAAACAAAAGCCAACUUUAAGCAACUUUUCUGAACAUAAAAGUAUAUCAACUCCUAGAUCUAGAUCUAAAAAGACCUCUCAAAAGUCUCUUGGGUUAUCAACCCCAAGAGAGUAUGUUAAAAGUGACAUCUCAAAAGAAGAAGUCAAGGCUACGAAAACCAAUAAGGAACAUACGAGUUCAAAAAUAUCGCCUGUCAAGAAAUUAGAGCUACAGUCAAGGCAAAAUGAAGACUUGAUUGUGCCAAGAGCUCCAAUUGUCUUCAAGGAAGGAUUCUUGAAGAAAUCACCCAAGCAGCCAACCUCUUUUGCAAACAAUCAUAUUCCAGGGGAGUGAGAUUGUAAAGGAUUAUGCAAAUUUUUGAAGAAAAAUGUUAAGAAAGUGAAUAACAGAACUGUCAUGAAAAUCAACACUCAAGUCAUGGGAUCAAAAUGAGCCAUUUAG